GGGGGCAGCAGCGGCUGCAGCGCGAGGGGAGGAUGGAUUUCUCUCCCCGCUGCCUCCAGAUCGGGCGCUGAGAGAGAGCACAGAGGCAGCGUGCAGGGGUGGGCUGUUGUCGUUGUACCACCCUCCCCAUAGGACUGGAGAGCUCUUCGAUGGGUCCAACGCACCCCCAGCCUUUGUCUGCCUUCAUCCGAUGAGCGGCAGCCGCAGCGGAUGCUCACAGUGAUGGGAGACUGGAGGAGACCCCAGUGAUGCUGAGCCAGGACCCGGCCCCUGCUGCUGUUUGGAGGACAAGCAGCCCUGAUGCUGCAGCCUGCAUGCAGGAAUGACAUCGAGGACCAACCUGGAAAAUGCAGCAGAGUGCCAAAAUGAACCCACUGGGGAGGAAGAGGAGGCGAAGCUCUGAUUAGAGGAGUGGCCCCACUGGGGGGUGAUGUGCCCUCAGCUGGGGGGGCCAAGCAGGGCAGUGGGGGCUGAUUGCUCCGAGGGCUUCGCUUGGGGCAUCUCCUCCCGCAGACCCCAUCCCCACCACGGUCACCCCAUGCCCCUCUCUGGCUUCACUCCCUGAGCCUUCCCUGACAGAAGGAAACCGGUCCCACCACCCAAAAAUGAGAGGUUUCCAGGGCAGCUCGCUGCUGCUCUGCAUAGUGGCUGCUGCUGCCAUCCCUAUCGUACCCUGGAAGGUGAAAUGCCCUCUGCAGUGCGUGUGCCAGAUCAGACCCUGGUACACCCCGCGCUCUGUGUACCGGGAGGCCGCCACUGUGGACUGCAAUGAUUUGUUCAUCACCGCCGUGCCCGAGGAUCUGCCAGCGGGGACGCAGACAUUGCUUCUGCAAAGCAACAACAUCGCCAGGCUGGAGCAGAGCGAGCUGGACUAUCUCAGAAACCUCACGGAGCUGGACCUGUCGCAGAACAGCUUCUCCAACGUUUGGGAUUUCGGCCUGAAGAGCAUGCCGCAGCUGCUCAGCCUGCACCUGGAGGAGAACCGGCUGACCGAGCUGCCCGACAGCAGCUUCCCAGGGCUGGGCAGCCUGCAGGAGCUCUACCUGAACCACAACCAACUGCGUAGGAUCGCGCCCCGCGCCUUCGCCGGCCUCGGCAGCCUCCUGCGCCUGCACCUCAACUCCAACCUCCUGCAGAUGGUCGACAGCCGCUGGUUCCAGAUGCUGCCCAGCCUGGAGAUCCUCAUGAUCGGAGGCAACAGGGUGGAUGCUAUCUUGGAUAUGAAUUUCAGGCCCCUAUCAAACCUGCGCAGCUUGGUGCUGGCUGGGAUGAACCUGCAGGAGAUCUCGGACUACGCGUUGGAGGGGCUGCGCAGCCUGGAGAGCCUCUCUUUCUAUGACAACAAGCUGGUGACCGUCCCCAAACGGGCACUGCAACGAGUGCCCAGCCUCAAGUUCCUGGAUCUGAACAAAAACCCAUUGCAGAGGGUCAGGCAGAGUGACUUCACCAACAUGCUGCACCUCAAGGAGCUGGGGCUCAACAACAUGGAGGAGCUGGUGUCCAUCGACAAGUUCGCCUUGAUCAACCUCCCCGAGCUGACCAAGCUGGACGUCACCAACAACCCCAAGCUGUCCUUCAUCCACCCCAACGCCUUCCACCACCUUCCCCAAAUGGAAACCCUCAUGCUCAACAACAAUGCCCUAAGUGCCUUGCAUAAGCAGACGGUCGAGUCCCUGCCCAACCUGCAGGAGAUCAGCAUCCACAGCAACCCCAUCCGCUGCGACUGCGUCAUCCGUUGGGUCAACAGCACCGAGAUGCGCAUCCGCUUCAUUGAGCCGCAGUCCACGCUGUGUGCUGAGCCCCCCGACCUCAAGAGGAGGCACAUUCGGGACGUCCCCUUCCGAGAGAUGACGGAUCGGUGUCUGCCUCUCAUCUCCACCCAGAGCUUUCCCUCCCGCCUUGAAGUGAUGGAUGGUGACAACAUCUCCUUGCAUUGCCGGGCGAUGGCAGAGCCGGACCCGGAGAUCUACUGGGUCACCCCCUCGGGGGUGAAGCUGAUCCCCUAUGCACAUGAUGGACACUACAAGGUGCACCCCGAAGGGACUCUGGAGAUCAUGGGGAUCUCGGCGCACGAGGCUGGGCUCUACACCUGCGUGGCCCACAACUUGCUGGGGGCAGACACUAAGAGCAUCACUGUGCUGGUCAACAGCUCCUUCCCACAUAGCGAGGCCAGCCUGGAGCUGGCGGUGCUGGAUGUCCAGCCCUACCACAUCCUGCUCGCUUGGAAGCCACACCUCAACGCUGUCUCCUCCAACCUCACCUGGUCCAGCUUCCUGCUCAGCUCCAGCUUGGACACAACCAACGUUGCUCGCAUCCCAUUGGGCACCCACGCGUACAACAUCACCCGGCUCCACCAGGACACGGAGUACUGGGCUUGCCUCCACGUGGCCUUUGUAGACUUGCAGGCCAAGGUGGCAUGCAUCAACGCCAGGACUAAAGAGGCCAUCCGCCACCACCGCUUCCUCGGGGACAGGCAGUGCCUCCUGACACUGCUGGCCCUCAGCAUCCUGCUGCUGGCCACCGGCCUGGUGGCUCGCUGUGGUUUCGGGGACGAGCCCAGGAGGGCUGGGGAUGCACUAUGGGAUGCAGGGGCCGUGCGUGUGGUCUACCCCCAUCUCGCCCAGCAUUGGGCUCAGGGGCCGCGCAGCGGGCAGCUCCUGGCCGUGGAGGUGCAGGCGGCACCCCUGGACUCCUGAAGGCUGUCACAUAGGUUGGGUUGGUUGGGAGUGGGGUGGGGAGAGGGAGAGGGAGGGAGAAACUAUUUUUUACCAAAAAAAAAAAAAUAGAAAAAAGAAAAAAAAAAUCACACAAAAUGGAACGAAAAGUGAAGACGUGGAGUAAUAUCAUGGACUUGGCCAAGAGACAAAGCAGCGUGGCGGAUGUUGAGCAGCAGAGCUUGGCUGGUCUGGAUCCACGUGCAGCUCCUACAAGCAGCCCUGGGACAGCUGGGAUGGUUGAAGAGCCAUAGGGAUGGGCAGCAGGUCACCCCUUCCCACACGCCCCGGCACUCAGCUGGGGCAGCUCCAUUGUUGGACAGUCCUUGCUUUGGAAAUACAAAAAAGAAAAAGCCUUUCCCUUUA